AUGGGUAACGCCACAGCAAUUUGCAGCGACAAGACUGGCACAUUGACGGAAAACCGGAUGACGGUCACGCAUUGCUAUUUGGGAGAUCUGGGCCCUCAAAACCGUCUGCCGCCGUCCCUCCCUCCCGCCCUCCUUCGGCUCUUGGGCGACGGGAUCUCGCUGAACACGACGGCGAACCUGGACAAGGGAAGCCAGGACGGGAGGGAGGACGCGGAGGAAGGCGGUGUCGGCGUGGGGCAGAACGGCCUCCCCUCCCUCGGCUCUUCCUCCUCCCGCCUGCCCUCCUUCCUUCCCUCCCGCCUGCCCUCCUUGCUCUCCUCCCUCUCCAAGCCGCCCGUGAAGAUUUUGGGGAACAAGACGGAAGGGGCACUCCUCCUCUUCGUGGAUGCCUACAACGUGGACUAUGACAAGGUGCGAGAGAAUUACAGGGGAUCCAUCCAGUACAACCCUUUCUCCUCCAAGCGGAAGAAGAUGAGCGUCCUGGUCCCCGAGGGGGAGGGCGGUGGGAAACAGAGGGUGCUCUAUGUGAAAGGAGCAGCCGAACUGAUCCUGGCAUCCUGCACCCACAUUUGCGGUGCGGAGGACGGGAAGAGUAAGCCCCUGGACGCGGAGAAACGGAAGGAAUUGGAGGAGUAUAUCACCACGCUGGCCAAGCAGAGCCUGCGGACGAUGAGGAUCCCCUCCGACCCGAAGUCAGCCAUUGCCCGACAAUGCGGGAUCCUCACCUCCUGCGGGACCGUGAUGGAAGGCCCCGCCUUCCGCGCCCUGACGCCGAAGCAGCUGGACGUCGUCCUCCCUUCCCUGCAAGUCUUGGCCCGUUCCUCGCCCGACGACAAGCACACCCUGGUCGCCCGCUUGAACGGGACCUUGCCGGAGGACCAAGCCGAGUGGGAAAAAGCCCACCCGGGAAAAUCGUGGGAAAGGGAGCGGGACGGGCUCUUGCCCGGGUACUUGGAGGAAUGGGCCGUCUCCCGGGGAGGGGUCGGGGAAGUGGUGGGGGUGACCGGAGACGGAACCAACGACGCACCGGCCUUGCGGGUGGCGGACGUGGGCCUGUCGAUGGGUUUGAGCGGCACCGAGGUGGCCAAGGAGGCGUCGGACAUUGUGAUUAUGGACGAUAACUUCGCCAGCAUUGUCAAGGCGGUUCUGUGGGGCCGGGGGGUCUUUGACAACAUUCGGAAAUUUUUGCAGUUUCAAUUGACCGUCAAUGUGGUCGCACUCACCAUUACUUUCCUCUCCGCCGUAUCCGGGUAUGACCCUCCCCUGAACGCGGUGAUGAUGCUGUGGGUGAAUUUGAUCAUGGACACCAUGGGGGCGCUCGCCCUGGGAACAGAAGCCCCCACUCCGAAUUUGUUGGUGCGUCGUCCUUACAAGCGGAACGCCUCACUCAUCUCCCGAACCAUGUGGCGCAACAUUUUGGUGCAAUCCGGGUAUCAAAUCAUCGUGCUGGUCCUCCUGCUACUCCGUGCGAACGACGUGCUGGCCUUUGAGGGGUGGUGGGUGCACCGGCCCGGCGCUUCUCUUCCCGCCCCCAUUGAAAUGGGCUCCACCCGACACAUGACGUUGAUCUUCAACGCUUUUGUCUUCUGCCAAAUUUUCAACGAGUUCAACGCCCGUUCCUUGGGCGACGACGUCAACAUUUUGCGUGGCUUGGAAAAGAAUCCGGUCUUUAUCGGCAUCAUUUUCUUCACGGUCGUGGUCCAAUGGGUGGUUGUUCAAUUCGGGGGAGAGUUCACCAAAACGGCGCCCUUGAGCGCGGAGGAGUGGCGGGCCACGGUGCUGCUGGGCAUGUGCGCCAUCCCCUUAGGUGUGGCCAUGCGUUACUUGCCCGUGAGCGAGAACCCGGACGAUUUCGGAGGGACGGCAGAAUCCGGCUUCGAAAACGUGGAGCCGUCGGGGGACGCGAAGCAAGCCUUAGCCCAAGCGCCUGCCCUCUAUCACGUCCAUCACCACGGGGCUCGGCGACGGGCACAAGUGUGGCGGUGGCUCGGCGUCCUUUUCCAAUUGUCCGUCUUGCUGGUCGUGCCCGUGCUGGUGGGCAUUUGUGUAAAGGACCCGGAGCGUUGCCAAUCCCUGGGGAAUUUUCUUGACUUCUACAAGUUUUAGUUUUUUUUCAAAACGCGGAAGUUCCUGGGGGGCAUGGAGCCGUACAUGAGCAACAUCCUACGUGGACGACGCGAUAACUCAAGGCGAUACGCUUCCGUAGGAAGGGCGUACGUGGAUGAUCUAGGAGUAGGAGGGCAACAAUCAAAGAAUAAAAACAUAAGUCAG